AUGACUUCCACACAAACAAUGGUCAAGCCGACAUUGUCCAACAUUGGUGUUUACACCAACCCUGCACAUGAUCUCUGGGUCGCCGAGGCCGAGCCUUCGCUCGAGCAGGUUCAGAGCGGCGAGAAGCUUGCUCCUGGUGAGGUCACAGUCGCAGUCAAGAGCACCGGUAUCUGCNNGGCGGGUGUCGUUGUUGCCGUGCACGACAACGUCAAGUCGCUCAAGGUCGGCGACCGCGUUGCCAUCGAGCCCAACAUCAUCUGCGGCGAGUGCGAGCCUUGCUUGUCCGGCCGCUACAACGGCUGCGACUCUGUUCUCUUCCGCUCCACUCCUCCCGUCCCCGGUCUCCUCCGCCGCUAUGUCAACCACCCCGCCAUGUGGUGCCACAAGAUUGGUGAGAUGAGCUACGAGAACGGUUCUCUCCUUGAGCCUCUCAGUGUUGCUUUGGCAGGUGUACAAAGAGCAGAGGUCAGACUCGGUGACCCCAUCCUGGUCUGCGGUGCCGGCCCCAUCGGUCUCGUCACUCUCGCCUGUGUCAAGGCCGCCGGUGCCGAGCCCAUCAUCAUCACCGACAUUGACGAGGGCCGCCUCAAGUUCGCCAAGGAGUUCUGCCCCUCUGUCCGCACCCACAAGGUCGACUUCAAGCACACNCCCGAAGACUUUGCAAAGGCCAUCACCGAGCUCGGCGGCGGCGUCGAGCCCGCCAUCGCCCUCGAGUGCACCGGUGUCGAGAGCUCCAUCGCCGGAGCCAUCCAGACCGUCAAGUUCGGCGGUAAGGUCUUCGUCAUCGGCGUCGGCAAGAACGAAAUCAAGAUCCCCUUCAUGCGCCUCAGCACCCGCGAGGUCGACCUCCAGUUCCAGUACCGCUACUGCAACACAUGGCCCAGAGCCAUCCGUCUGCUGCAAGGAGGCGUCAUCAACCUCGAGAAGUUGGUCACCCACCGUUUCAAGAUUGAGGAUGCCCUCGAGGCUUUCAAGACGGCGGCAGACCCCAAGACUGGCGCCAUCAAGGUGCAAAUCCAGAGCUUCGAGGAGGGCGAGUCAAAUUAG